AUCGCAGUAGGGAAGAAGCUUCCCAAGUAGCCGUGCUGCUGGUUGACACCCCCCAAGUUUAUCACAUGAAACUUCUGAGCUCUAGUGACCCUGGGGCCUACCUGUGUGUUCUGUCAGUUGCUGUAAUUUUCUGGUAAAGCCAUCAAACCCGCAAUCAUUCCUGCCCGGGGCUGGGAAAUACUCACACACCCUGCCACUCUUCAGGACCUGGGCCCUGUGAGGGCCCUGCACAGCACCCGCAGACCCACGGAAUGCAGGGGCGCUGUUGCCUGCCACGGAAAGGAUCCUUGGGUCCUGGCAUCUCCCCUGGGAUUUGGCCUGGCCUGUAGGCCAGAACACCUGCCUGAGCUUCCUGUUGGGGGAAGGGAUGGUGCCAGUAGUACCCAGGGAAAGGGCUUGGCACUUUAGAAACCCCUUGAAUUGCCAAGUCCUCCAGGUGUAGGCUUGGCACAAUGCGGGGCGAGGGAGUGGACCCACUUAGCAGACAGUGUCCGGGCAUUUUUCAGAAGGAGAUUAAGUGGAGGUUGAUGGGAAACAGUCAGUUUUACAGAAGUUUGUCCAAGAAAGUUGUUAAUUUUUUAUGAUGAACAAGAAUUUAGGUAUAUUUGGAAAGGUAGGUGAAAAAUUAAACUAAAUACUAAAUUAGUUGAGUUGAUAAUUCAAAUCAGAGCAGAACCCUUUUGCAGUAGAACCGUUUGGCCUGCCCUGAACCUAAACUUCAGGAUCAAAGCAGCUCAGGAUGUGGGUGGAUUUGGGUUGGAGUUCAGCGGGUCGCAGCUUCGUGGUGCCCACAGAGUCGCCCUUGUCCUGGGUGAGGGAGUGAGACGCUGUCUGCAGGGUGUGCUGUUGAGGAGGUGUGGCACUCAGUAGGUGGUCACUGUCAAUCUGGUGAGUAGUGGAGAGCUCAGGCUGCUUUGCAGGAGCUCUGCCCUUGGCUGCCAGCCUCUUCUUUCCCAAAGAGGGUUACUGUGCUCCUCAUGUCCCGGUCCUGGAGGUGGACUGUGGGUGGACAUUUGUGUAAUAGACUUUGCGCACUUCUCAAGUGGCCUUACAGAGCAUUUCGUUCAAAGGGACCGACAUGGUGUUGCUCCUCAUUAGUGCCCUUGACCCUCCUUUAACCCUGUGUCCCCUCUUAGCUGUUUCUCUGGGCACAGAGGCAUGGGGGAGUGAUGAGGAAGGGGCAGGCUUGGAGGGAUGAGGAAAGUGGGGGCCGUGGGGAAGAAGCGGUAUGUUUCUUCAGAGCUGACUGGGCUCUCUUGCACAAGCACCCGUGUGGGUCCCGGUCCCUCUGGCUGGUGCGACUCACCGCACACGUGAGGUGAGCACGUGCUCCAGUGGCCCAGCAGGGCAACCCGCUUGCAGCCGGAGUCGGCGCCCGUGCAUGGCUAAUGGCAGCCCUGUCUGCCAGCUUCCCUUUGGGUGUCCGUGAGACCUGUGGACAAGAGGACGCUUGUGGGCCAUCGCCGAUCCAUCUAGGGGUCACCCCACCCAGAAAUAUCCAUCUACCCAGGGCGGAGUAUAUAGAUUGGAAGAGUCUGCUGAAGGUAGGGGUCAUGGACUUCAUCACCUCCACGGCCAUCCUGCCCCUGUUGUGUGGCUGUGUGGGAAUCUUCAGCCUCUUCAAGCUGCUGCAGCGGCUGCGCAUGAAGGCCUACCUGCGGAACGCUGUGGUGGUCAUCACAGGCGCCACCUCGGGACUGGGGCGAGAAUGCGCCAAAGUCUUCUAUGCUGCGGGUGCGAGGCUGGUGCUCUGUGGCCGGAACAGGGAGGCCCUGGACGAGCUCACCAGAGAACUCGCUGCUUCUCAGGCCGCCAAGGUGCAGACACACAGUCCUUACACGGUGACCUUCGACCUCACAGACCCUGGGACCAUAGUUGCAGCAACAGCCGAGAUCCUGCAGUGCUUUGGCCAUGUGGAUGUGCUCAUCAACAAUGCUGGGGUCAGCUACCGCGGUGCCAUCGUGGACACCACCAUGGACGUGGACAAGAGAGUCAUGGAGACAAACUACUUUGGCCCCAUUGCUCUAACGAAAGCGCUCCUGCCCUCCAUGAUCCAGAGACGACAGGGCCAUGUCGUCGCCAUCAGCAGCAUCCAGGGCAAGAUCAGCCUUCCUUUUCGGUCAGCGUAUGCGGCCUCCAAACACGCAACGCAGGCCUUCUUCGACUGCCUGCGCGCUGAGGUGGAGCAGUGCGGCAUCGAGGUGACCGUGAUCAGCCCCAGCUACAUCCACACCAGCCUCUCCCUCAACGCCGUCACUGCCGACGGCUCCAGAUAUGGAGUUAUGGAUGAGAAAACAGCCCAGGGCCGAAGCCCUGUGGAGGUGGCCCGAGAUGUUCUGGCUGCCGUGGGGAAGAGGAAGAAGGAUGUGAUCCUGGCUGACCUGUUGCCUUCCUUGGCCGUUUAUCUGCGAACUCUGGCUCCUGGGCUCUUCUUCAGCCUCAUGGCCUCCCGGGCCAGAAAGGAGCGGAAAUCCAAGACCUGCUAGAGCCGCAGCAGAGCCGGGGAGGGGCAGCGCCUGCUCUGCAAGGACCGUGUGCUGAGACUUCUGGAUAUGGGCCUCCGGGGUGGGAAGGACGGAGACACACUUCUCCUGCAGGUCCCUGGCUAGGCCCUUGCUGGCAGAGAAUGGGAACCAAAAAAGGCAACAAGCUUCUUCCCAGGGGAGAGAGGUAACCCUUAAGGAAUAAAUACGGAGCUGGGUUUUAACUCUAAGGAUAUGAAACCAGUGAAUGGAACAGGCAGUUGUGCUCUUCAAGGACUAGGAGAACCACACCUCCUUCGAAUUCCCGCCUCUGCCAGCUCCUAGAACACGUUUCAGUCUUGAAAUAGAAGACAUCCUGACGUCAGCCCAUCAGUUGUUCUCACAUUUGACUUAUCCAAGACCUCUGACCUGAUUGUCUUGGCAGGGCCCACCUUCAGCACUCAAGGCAGAAGGCUGUCGUAAAGGCUCAUCACUUACCCAUGUCCAGAGUCCUGCAGUGUCUCAUUCAGCACUACACAGUGGGCUGAUACGGGAUCAGUCAUUUGACACAUCCCAAGUGAUGCCGGCUUUAGUGCCUGAAAGGAAUUCCCCAGUCUCCCUGUCGGCUCUCACUCGCAGCCCUGUAGGACCAGGUGCCACUCCAGGCAGAAGAUGAACUUACUCAGGAGACAGCAGCCAAAAGGGAGAGGAGAAUCCUGCGUGGUCCUCUGUGUCCUCUAGAAAAUAAGACUCAGAAGCCCAGUCGGGCGGGAGUCGAAAACAGCGUCUGGUCCCAGGUAGAAGCAGUCCAUUUGUUAGCUGUGACUGUUGGGGCAUAGCCAGAAAGGAUGCCUGCACCCACCUUUCUGACUUAUUAAAAAUACAUGGCUGCGGUUCAUUGAGUAAGUCAACUUCCGAUCUCAAGUGUAGGAUGGAACUCUUCCUCUGAUUGAAGCUGACAGUGGAAAGUGGAAAUUGUGAGUCCAGUGUAUAGGCUUCCCCAAAUUGGAAUAAAGCUCCCAGCACCUUGGCAUCUUACACUGUGUCCUAACUCUGGUCCAUGGAGCUUGUAUUUGAAACAGCUGCCUAUGAAAUAAAAAUGGCCCAAGCCAGCCUGCAGUUGGGGCGUCAAAGGCUCUUGAGUUACCUGGGAGUACGGGGACAGGAGUGGAUGGUUAGAUCUGGUGGCUUUCCCCACUUCCCAACAUGGCCAGGACAUUCCAGGAGCCUGUGGUCGAAAUGUGGACACAGGCAUGCUGGGUGGCUUUUCCUUUUCCACACAGACUGUCUACCUCCCCGUGACGUGGAAGAGAAAGAUCUCCUGAGUGUACACAUCAGAGCUGAGAGCCAGGGGAGAGCUGGACCCGAGACAGCAGCAGCCACGCCAAAGCCUGGCCUGCGUCUGAGGCCGAGUCAAACUGCCGAGCGCCUAACAGGCCUCGGUAAGAGGCAGUGCUAGCGGAGCCUGGCCCUCUACAUGGGAACAACAGAACUCUAUCCUUGGACACUUGCUGCCUGGUGCUUUCAGAAGGGCCAUGGCCAGGUGCUGUCCUUUCCUCUGCAUUAAAUAAAAUGGUCCACAGCUGGAGAUGACG